UGUCUUUUUGUAACUAUUUUCCACAAAUGUCUCGGGAAUUAGCACAUUUUCCGGUUCUUAACCUACCGAUUAUAAAAAAACAAUAUUAAUAUGUGUGUGUGUUACUCAAGAUCAUCACGUAUCUGCUCUCAUCUACUCCUUUAUUUUAUAGAUUUAUAAUUUUCCAGAAGAUCGGCGAUGGGAGAGAGAGACGACGAAACAGGAGGUGUAGAGAAGGCAAGGAUUCCUCUGUUAAGGGAUCGAAAUGAAGCGGAGGAAGAGAGAGAUAUAUUGGUGGAGACGAAGAAGCUAUGGCGUAUUGUUGGACCAGCCAUAUUCACCAGAAUCACCACCUACUUGAUCCUCGUCAUUACUCAGGCCUUUGCCGGCCACCUCGGCGAGCUUGAACUCGCCGCUAUCUCCAUCGUUAACAACGUCAUCAUCGGCUUCAACUUCGGCCUCCUUCUAGGAAUGGCGAGUGCGUUGGAAACGCUGUGUGGUCAAGCGUUCGGAGCGAAAAAAUAUAACAUGUUAGGAGUGUAUUUGCAGCGGUCUUGGAUUGUUCUCUUCUUAUUCGCCAUCUCGCUUCUCCCUAUGUACUUCUUUGCAACUCCGAUUCUUAAGUACUUGGGCCAGCCUGAUGACAUCGCCGAACUCUCUGGUACCAUCGCAGUUUGGGUUAUUCCUAUCCAUUUCGCAUUUGCCUUCGUUUUCCCUCUCAACAGAUUCCUCCAAUGCCAGCUCAGGAAUGUGGUGAUUGCAAUAGCAUCUGGAGUGGCACUUGUAGUUCACAUAUUUGUGUGCUGGCUUUUUGUGUAUGUUCUUGAACUUGGAGUCAUUGGGACCAUGGCUACUGUUAACGUCUCAUGGUGGUUCAAUUUACUCGUCUUAUUUACUUACACCACUUGCGGUGGUUGUCCGCUCACUUGGACUGGUUUCUCCAUCGAAGCUUUCACAGGACUAUGGGAAUUCGCUAAGCUCUCUGUCUCCUCCGGUAUCAUGAUUUGCUUGGAGAAUUGGUAUUAUAAGAUUUUAAUCCUGAUGACUGGAAAUCUGAAGGAUACAAAAAUUGCUGUCGACUCCCUGGCUAUAUGCAUGUCGAUAAAUGGACUGGAGCUGAUGAUUCCACUUGCUUUCCUCGCUGGGACCGGCGUACGAGUGGCAAAUGAACUAGGAGCAGGCAGUGGGAAACGAGCAAGAUUUGCAAUGAUCGUAUCAGUGACACAGUCCUUACUCAUCGGAAUAAUAUUUUCGGUGCUCGUUGUAUUUCUUCAUGAUCAAAUCGGUUGGAUCUUCUCUUCAAGUGAAACCGUCAUAAAAGCAGUCAAUGAUCUCUCUAUUCUUUUAGCUUUUACCAUUCUUCUCAACAGUGUCCAACCGGUUCUUUCCGGUGUUGCCAUUGGUUCAGGUUGGCAAUCAUUCGUCGCAUAUAUAAAUUUGGGAUGCUAUUAUUUCAUCGGACUUCCACUUGGAUUUGUUAUGGGCUGGAUUUUCAAAUCUGGUGUUAAGGGCAUUUGGGGAGGUAUGAUAUUCGGAGGAACUGGGAUUCAAACAUUGGUAUUGAUAUUUAUAGUUGUGAGAUGUGACUGGGAAAAAGAGGCACAAAAGGCAAGUGCGCGCGUUAGAAAAUGGUCGACCUCAAACUCACAGGCAAUAAAUUGAAGAUUGCAUAAUUUGUGUACAAUAGUAGAAUUAUACUCCAUAAAGCUAGG